AUGGCACCCAUCGCCAUUCACACUUCGCCAAAAGACUCGCUCAACGCUGAGGCCGAGUCUUUCAAGCCUGUCGGAAACAAGCAGAUUGAUCCUUAUCAUUCAGCAACUUCUGCUACUGCUAUCGCCGCCGAAUCCGCAUACGCUGCCCACAACUACCACCCCCUGCCUGUGGUCUUCUCGAGAGCACAGGGAGUUGAUGUUUGGGAUCCCGAAGGCAAGCACUACCUCGAUUUCCUGUCCGCAUACAGCGCCGUGAACCAAGGUCACUGCCACCCCGAACUCGUCAAGGCCCUUGUUGCCCAAGCCUCAAGACUCACACUCAGCUCUCGCGCGUUCUACAACGAUGUCUUCCCGCGCUUUGCCGAGAAGGUCACUUCAAUGUUGGGCUUCGAGAUGGUCCUCCCUAUGAACACUGGUGCCGAGGCUGUAGAGACUGCUGUCAAGAUCGCACGCAAAUGGGGUUACAAGGUCAAGGGCAUUCCGGAGAAUGAGGCAUGGGUUUUCUCUGCACAGGAGAACUUCCACGGUAGAACAUUCGCUGCCAUCACCAUGUCCACCGACCCCGAGUCCAGAGAUAACUACGGCCCUUACCUGCCCAACAUCGGUUCUUCCAACCCCACCAACAACGAGCCCAUCCGCUACAACAACGUCGCCGACCUCGAGAAGGUACUGGAGGAGCACGGCAAGAACACUGCCGCUUUCUUGGUUGAGCCCAUCCAGGGUGAGGCUGGUAUCGUCGUGCCGGACGAGGAUUACCUCGUAAAGGUUCGCGAGCUUUGCGACAAGCACAACGUCCUUAUGAUCUGUGACGAGAUUCAGACUGGUAUCGCUCGUACUGGUAAGAUGCUGUGCCACGAGUGGAGUGGUAUCAAGCCUGACCUUGUUCUUCUCGGCAAGGCCAUCAGUGGUGGCAUGUACCCCGUCUCUGCUGUUCUUGGCAAGAAGGAGGUCAUGCUCACCGUCGAGCCUGGAACUCACGGUAGCACUUACGGUGGUAAUCCUCUGGGUUCUGCCAUCGCUAUCAGAGCGCUUGAGAUUAUCGAGGAAGAGAACAUGGUUGAGCAAGCCCAGGUCUUUGGUGAACUGUUCAGACAAGGUCUUCGCGACAUCCAGGCCAAGAACUCGAUGAUUUCCUUGAUCCGUGGAAAGGGUCUGCUUAACGCCAUCGUCAUCGAUGAGAGCAAGACCAACGGCCACAGCGCAUGGGAUCUCUGCAUGUUGAUGAAGGAGAAGGGUCUUUUGGCCAAACCUACUCACCAGAACAUCAUCCGUCUGGCACCGCCGCUCGUUAUCUCCAAGGAGCAAAUCGAGACUUCUUUGAGAAUUAUCGGAGAGGCAGUUGACGAGUUGCCCAACUUGAAGGGCAAGAAGGAGGAGAAGAUCCUCCCUCCCGGUGAGAAGAACGUGCAUAUCGGCGUCGAUAACUGA